AUGGCAAGGGUUCCUCACAGACGCCUUCCAUCCGCAGACGUCGUCGAGAUUACUUCUUCUACUCUUGUGCCACCUUCGGCCGAUGUUGGGUCUACCGUGCCACCUCCUGAUGGUGUUGACUUUUUACACGAGGAGGUUGAUGCACGUGUUACUCAUUGUUUUAUUGUUGCUGACUGUGUGAAAAGAUUGGGUCUUAUUUUAUCCUUUAUGAAUGGAGAGAUGGUUAUCGAUACUCCAGCUAAAGGAUCGGUGACUACGUCUCUUGUACAUCUGAAGUCUCCUCUGUCGAUAUUACAUAGAGACUCUGUUGUGGAUCUAAUUUGUUUACCGUUGAGUAUUUUGGAUGUGAUUUUGGGUAUGAACUGGUCGGAAUUCAACUAUGUUCAUAUUAACUGUUAUAACAAAUCUGUGUGGUUUUCUAAUCCUGAUGAUGAGAAGGAAGCUGAGUUUUUAUCUACUAGAAAGUUGAAUGAGUUGAUGAGAGAUGAAGUUCAUGUGGUUGCAUUGAUAGCCUUUUUGUCCAUUGAGAAUCAGACUACUAUUGAUGAAUUACAAGUAGUGCGAGAAUUUGUUGAAGUAUUUGUAGAUGAUAUUCCAGAUGUACCGCUAGAGAAAGAAGUGGAAUUUAAUGUUGAUCUUAUACCUAGUACUAUACUUGUUUCUAUGGCACCAUACAGAAUGUCGACAUCUGAAUUAGCGUAG